GUUUUUUGGCUUCUGCGAUUGUGUUUUUGUUUUUGUUUUUUGGGUUUGGGGUCUGUUUUACAAUCAUCGUCGUUCAUAGAGUUGAGAGGUGCUCAGCUUUUCAUGCGCUCAAAUCACGGAGAAAAGUGAUUUUUUUUCCGGUUUUAUGGAAUGGUUCAAACAAGGCUUUUGCUUUGGAGGAAAAAAAAAAAAAACAAAGAGUCCGACUUUAUUGGGUUGAAUUGCGGGUUUGUGGCCAUCUGGGUCUCUCUUAUAACGCUUGCUCUCUCUUUUUUUCUCCUUGUGUGGUUGUUUUUGGAGAGGGGGACUUCGUGGGAUUUCCUUUUCUGGCUGAUUUUUUCGCUGUGUGUAGAUAAAAUUGGUCUCCAUCUGUGAGCUCUCCUCCUUGACCCUUUGCGUGACGUGUGAAACUAUCUGGUUCUGUGGCAUGAUUGUGUUUUGUGGUAAACGCCUCUGAAAUAUGUAAUUGCGCAUAGGCUGUUGGUUUGUGGAGUUUCAGACCAUUUUGUGCUGUUGGGUUUUGAACGCUGGAUACCUAUGAACAUGGAUGAAUUUUCUGGAGAAAGAACUUUUCACAAGUUUUCUGCUCCUUCUAGGGGAUCUAGUCUGGUUAUGCAGGAUACUGCAAGCAGUAGGGCCCGAAAGGCUCAAAUUUGCAGCAGGUUGGGAUGUAGCAGCAGACUUAACUCAGUAGGUACACAAACUGCCUGCGUAGACAAGUACAAAUAUGCGAGGCCCUCAUUUCGUUCUUUAACAAGUGGAAAAGAAAUAGCAGGGAGCUCUUCCAGAAGUACUCUCACAGCAAGCAGUCAAAGGAAAUCCUUCCUGGAUCGUCAAAAGAAAUUGUCUUCUCAGCUAAAUUCUGAUUCAUCCGAAACUAGUAGUGUUCAGGAUGAGGCUUAUGUUCCAGAGGUCAAACCUCCACCAGGAAAGAUGCAGAGAGGAAUUCAUCUUGAAAGUGGAAGUGCUGAAUUUAGGGAAGUUGUACCGACGGAGAUGGGAAGUUCUAGUGCAGCAUCGAGUUCAAGAUCCAUGGACAACAAUUCCCUUGUUAUUAGUUCCGAUAGAACAGAUAGUUCCACAAAUUCCUCUGUUUCCAUGGCAUCAAGAAGCAUCAGCCAACCUACCCGAACUAAUCUUAGCCGCUGUGGUUUGAGAAACAUUAGGUGUAAUUCAGCAUCUAACGUCAUCCCUUCUAAUGGAUCACCAUCAAAUGCAAUGCCCAACAGAAAGAAGGAUGUGGUUAAGAAGUCGAAUGUUGAAUGUGAAGCUAGUUCUUCAACUAGAGGUAAGAUUGUCGGCAGAUCAUCAUUGGAAGGACAAAAUUUCAGUUCUGAGCCAGGCAUAUCCAUAUCUGAGUCAAGAAGAGCAAGAUGCAGGGCUCUUAACCGGGACAGUGGUGUUACGUCUUUGAGGUCUCAAAGGUCGAACAAUUAUGCUGAGCCAAAGGGUUCAUAUCAAGGUAAUUUGAGUAGGUCUCGAAACAGGUCCCGCGUUAUGACCAUGCAGGCCCAUCAAUCUCCAAUAGCUGCUGAAAAUGCUUCCUCUUCACAUUGCGACUUUUCUGUCGAAUCUGCCUCGAGUCGUGCAUCUACAUACAGUAGGCCAAGUAGUAGCAAUGAGAGUUCACGACGUGCGAUACCAUCUGGUCUUGCUGAAAUUGGCAUCAGUCGCUCCUUGAUGAAUCAGGACAGGUUUCAACAUUACAAUAUGGAGGGUAUUGCAGAGGUAUUGUUGGCUCUCGACAGGAUUGAACAAGAUGAGGAACUAACAUAUGAGCAGUUAAUUGCUCUGGAAACCAACUUGUUUCUUAAUGGGAUGAACUUCUAUGAUCAACAUAGAGAUAUGAGACUGGAUAUUGACAAUAUGUCAUAUGAGGACCUGCUGGCUCUGGAGGAGAGGAUGGGUAAUGUAAGCACUGCACUGACAGAAGAAGCAUUGGUGACGUGUAUCAAGAAAGAACUAUACCAUCCUGCAGCUUCUGCUAGUGGGCAGAGUGAUGAUGUCAAAUGCAGUAUUUGUCAGGAGGAGUAUGUAGCAGGAGAUGAAGUUGGGAGGUUGGCCUGUGAACAUGUGUAUCACGUGUCCUGUAUACAGCAGUGGCUGCGGCUCAAGAACUGGUGCGCUAUCUGUAAGGGCUCGGCAGAGCCCUCGCUGUCGUCUUCCCCGUCACAACUGACAAGUUGAAUUCGGUAGUCUGAUAAUUCUUUGUAAAGGAAAGUACUUUUCUCCGCCUCCCACUCUCCGGUGUACAUAUUUGAUUUUUUUGGUGCCUCAUUCAAUCAAAUAAACCCUGCUCUCUAGGCUCUUGGUGGCAGAGGAUGAACGUUCCAUGAAAAAGACUGGAAUACAACGUCUGAUGUUUUCUGUCUUUGCUGUU